AUGCAUGUUGGACCUCAAGGUCUACUAACUCAUUUACGUAGCAUGUAUUGGCCGUUAUCGGGGCGGAGGGUAAUCCGACGAGUAUUACGAAAGUGCGUAGCAUGCUUCCGCGUACGUCCGAAAAGUCAAACUCAAUUAAUGGGAGAUCUACCCAAGGAGCGUGUCACGCCGGCCCGAGCGUUUAUCAAUUCCGGAGUAGAUUACGCCGGACCAUUUUCUAUUAAACUAUCGCGAAAUAAAACCGGAAAGGCGUAUCUAUGUAUAUUUGUAUAUCUCACAACAAAAGCGACGCAUUUAGAAAUAGUCAGCGAUUUGACUACCACUGCAUUCUUCAAUGCAUUAAAGCGAUUCGUAGCGAGACGAGGUCGUUGCGCAAAUUUGUUUUCCGACAACGGCACCAAUUUCAUAGGUGCAAGCAAUCAGCUUCGGGAAUUGACGAAAAUGAUAAGUAAUGAUCAUGUCGACCGAUUUUUAACAGAGCAAGCAAUACAAUGGCAUUUUAUACCUGCCAACUCGCCUCAUAUGGGCGGGAUCUGGGAAGCGGCCGUACGUUCAACAAAAACACACAUGAAGCGUGUUGUCGGCAACAAUCUAUUAACAUUCGAAGAACUUAGUACAAUCUUUGCACAAAUUGAGGCCGUACUAAAUUCGCGACCGUUAUGUCCUCUUUCAAACGAUCCUCAGGAUUAUGAAGUGCUUACACCGGGACAUUUUAUCAUCGGCGAACAAAUUAACUCCUUCCCAGAGCCCGACUUAACAGAAAUAUCUACAAACAGGUUAACACGAUUUCAAUUGUUGUCGCAGAUGCGUCAAAACUUCUGGAAACGUUGGGUCAGCGAGUACUUAACGCAACUUCAGAAUCGGUACAAGUGGCAGAAACCAAAUUAUGAUAAUAUUAAGAUCGGUACGUUAGUGCUAUUAAAAGACAAUGACCUUCCACCCUUGAAGUGGCGCAUGGCGAGAAUAAUUGAACUCCAUACUGGCUCCGACGGCAAUGUCCGUGUUGUUAGUGUACAAACACCUACGGGAGUUACGAAGCGUACCAUUCACAAAAUUUGUGUGCUUCCUAUCGAGGAUUAA